CUUCCUCCACUCCGCACACCCGCCUUUCUUUUAUUGUUGCCCUAAACUUGUAAUCGUUACAGUUGGGUUGCUGUACCUUUAAGCGCGCGAGCAGCACCCGUUUGGAGGUGACAGGGCUUGAGUAUAACCAGACGAUGGCAUUUUCCAAACCUAUGUGGCAAUGUGUCACUUGUGAGAAAAUAACGCGAUGAUGGCAUCACGCUGCUGUACUUAAGGCGCUUUCUGUCUACUCCCCCGUACUGCAUGCAAUGGAGUCUGUGUCGACAUGGAGUUCGCCUGGGAAUUACAUUAGACUUCACUGCUUUUACUCGUGCCAAUGCUGCGGUGUAUCAUCGAUGAGGAUUUGUUAACUGCGGGGACAACGAAGACGAGCACACCGACAUCAUGUCUGAUCGGAAUUACUGGACGGUGUGUCCGAGUUAUAAAAGUCAGUUCGUUUCAGGAGGUUUAGUCAAACGACCCAAGAGUAAUCGGAACAAGAGGAAGAGUUUGGCUCCCUCACCUACUCUAUCAAGACCGCUCUCACCCCUUCCUUUGCCAGCUGGCAGCAGUCCGCUGGACAGUCCCAGAAAUGUCUCCAGCAGUCCUUCUGUCAAUUUUCCAUUCAUACGGAGACCAGACACGCGAAGGUGGUCUGUAGCAUCUGUCUCCUCUGGAUAUGGAACCAAUCCACCCAGUUCUGCUGUUUCAUCUUCCUCCUCCUCACAGGAGCUCCUGCACCAGCUGCCCUCCCAGCCCACCCCAGAUGACCUCCAUCGCCUCUUCAAGCAUUUCAGGAGCUCAGAGAGUGUGGCAGAUGAGGAUGGACAGCCCUCGCCUUUCCGUCCUCGCUCACGGAGUCUUAGCCCUAAGCGGACAUGUGGCUCUUUUGAUAACGAGAUUGUGAUGAUGAAUCACGUCUACAAAGAACGGUUUCCAAAGGCUACAGCUCAGAUGGAGGGGCGUUUGCUGGCAGUGAUUGCAGACUACUCUCCAGACAGCGCUCCUCCUCUUGCUGAUGGAGUGCUGGGCUUCAUUCAACACCAGCUGGUCGAGCUCGUCCGAGACUGUCUGGAGAAGUCCAGAAAGGGGCUCAUCACAUCUUGCUACUUUGUGGAACUUCAGGAAAAAUUAGAAAAUUUCCUACAUGAGGUAGAAACAUAUUCCAUACCUGUAUUGAAGGCUGUGUACCUAGUAAGGCAUCGCGGGACACGGCAGCGGUUUGCCAUGAAGAAGAUCAACCGGCAGAACUUGAUCCUGAGGAACCAGAUCCAGCAGGUUUUUGUGGAACGGGACAUCUUGACGUUUGCAGAGAACCCUUUUGUGGUCAGCAUGUUCUGCUCCUUUGAGACACGACGGCACCUUUGCAUGGUCAUGGAGUAUGUGGAGGGUGGAGACUGUGCAAAUUUGCUGAAGAAUAUGGGUCCUGUAACGGUCUGUGGCACUCCAGAGUACAUUGCACCAGAGGUGAUCCUGAGGCAAAGUUACGGGAAACCUGUGGAUUGGUGGGCCAUGGGCAUUAUCCUGUAUGAGUUCCUGGUGGGCUGUGUGCCUUUCUUUGGAGACACACCAGAAGAGCUCUUUGGCCAGGUGGUCAGUGAUGAAAUUGAGUGGCCAGAGGGUGAUGAUGCAUUACCUCUUGAGUCUCAAGACCUCAUCACAAAACUGCUGAGACAAAGUCCCAAAGAGCGCUUGGGAGCUGGAGGGACAGCAGAGGUCAAACAUCACAUCUUCUUCCAUGGUCUGGACUGGAGUGGACUGUUAAGGCAGAAAGCAGAGUUCAUUCCACAGCUUGAAACUGAAGAAGACACAAGCUACUUUGACACACGUUCUGACCGUUACCAGCACUCUGAGGAGGACGAUGAGACAAACGAUGAUGAAUCUUAUCAGGAGAUCAAGUUCUCUUCCUGCUCGCAUCGCUUCAGCAAGGUGUACAGUAGCUCCGAGCAGCUGGCUUCUCCCUCCAACUUGAGCCUGUCCUCCUCUGAGCGGAGCUGCAGCGAGGAGAAGGAGGACCGGUGGGAUGGUCAUUCAAUGCUUUCUCCAGUAGAAACCCCCAGACAGCUUCCAUGUAGCGACAGGAAGCAGGAUUCCCACAGGGGCAGCCUGUCCUCCUCUGAGCGGAGCUGCAGCGAGGAGAAGGAGGACCGGUGGGAUGGUCAUUCAAUGCUUUCUCCAGUAGAAACCCCCAGACAGCUUCCAUGUAGCGACAGGAAGCAGGAUUCCCACAGGGGCAGUCCGAGGCCGAGAGCAUCAUCCAGUUCAUCUCAGCCUGAGAGGGGCACUAGUCCUUUAAUAUUGAACAGCACUCAGAGCCUUGAGGCCAUGCCACGCUUUGCUUUUCCUGAGGAUGAGGAAGGUCUUGUCUCAAAUCUCCGGCGAAUUCGUCUGCGCAGCAACUCCACUGGAACAAGACCUACUAAUCGCAGGGACCACAAGGGUUCGCGCCGCCUCGGGCUUCAGCAGGAGACUCCAGAGAAGCCACGCUCAUCAUUUACAUGCAACGUCCCCAAGUCUGCAUCCGUGUCUGGCCUUUCCCUCAUCGUCACAGCAGAUGACAUCCCCGGUGGGCUCCAGACGAGCCCCAUGUCUUCACACUCCCUCUCAUCCAACCCUUCAUCUCGGGACUCUUCCCCAAACCGAGACCUCUCUCUCAGCGUAAGCAGUCUUCGUCCUCCUGUGGUCAUCCACAGCUCUGGGAGGAAGUAUGGCUUUACGCUCCGUGCCAUUCGGGUCUACAUGGGUGACACUGAUGUCUACACGGUGCACCACAUGGUCUGGAGCGUUGAAGACGGCAGUCCUGCUCACGAGGCCGGACUGAGGGCUGGUGACCUCAUCACUCAUGUGAAUGGAGAGUGUAUCCAGGGUCUGGUGCACACGGAUGUGGUGGAGCUUCUGCUGAAGAGUGGCAGUAAAGUGACUCUGCAGACGACUCCUCUUGAGAAUACGUCCAUUAAAAUCGGGCCUGCGAGAAAGACCAGCUCGAAGGGGAAGAUGGCACGACGCAGCAAAAAGAGCAAAAGGAAAGAGGGUCAAGACAGCAAACGGCGAAACCUUUUGAAGAAGCUGCCCAAACACAGUCCAGGGAUUCAGAACAGUCGCAGUUUCUCGGCGGGUUUUCAGCACUCACCUAACGACAGCCUGUCGGACUCUCCAACGCCGAGCCUAUCUCCUGGGCCCAACACCCCAUGCAGAAGCCCAGCUCCAGACCUGUCAUGUGAUUCAAACUCUCCACAGAGUUCCUCACCCUGCUCAAGCUCUCCGAAUUCACCCAUUCCUCAAAGUCGACCAAGUUCUCUUCAUGUUUUGGGAUCCAAGAUUGGCCUCCGCUAUAGCAAAGCAGGCCGCUGCAAGUCCACCAACAGUAUUCCCCCCUCUCCCCUCGCCUGCAAUCCCUCCUCACAGCCUCUGUCUCCACAGUAUUCUCCAUCUUCCCUCGCCGGAGUUCCUAAAAGCCUCCACUCGUUUCAUAAUAAGAUGAUGUCCCCGCCGACCAUCGUGAGACAGACGGUGUGUCCCCGCAGUGCAGAAUCACCCCGUUCGCCACUGCUGAACAGGGUUCAGUCAUCUGAGAGGCCCUCCGGUGCCCAACAUGGAGACAAAAAGGCUUUCUCCACUCGAAGACACACUGUGGAAGUUCCCCAGAGUGAAGCUGAGGGACUCGAGUCACAAACUAGUGACAUUGCCUCAGGUUUUGUGUGUGUCGGUGACCAUGCUAGACAAGGGUUGUACCUGGCUGGCCAACGAGUGACUGACUCCGGCGGUGCAGUGAUGAGGAAGCGAGAUUCAUUUAAAAAGCAGGAAGCUGUUCAGGAGGUCAGCUUUGAUGACUCUGAUGACAAGGAGGCCACAACAUCUACACCAGUGCCAUCUCAUCCACGUUUCAGAGCGGCGUGGAUCAGCGCAACACAGGCGGACGGAAGCUCCCAAACUUCAGCGAGGAAGACCGAUGAGAUUGGACCCAAGCUAAAAGAACAGAAGAAACCAGAGGAUAAGUGUUAGCCUUAGAUAAGUCCAGAAAACUGUGAGACUCAGAUGUACGGGUGCUUCGAUGAUCAUUUAAAUCAUAAUCAGAGAAAGGACAGGGGUAGAAAUUCUUUGUUUAGUGUCAUUUAUUCGUAAGUUAGAAGUCAUUCACCUGCCAAAUAGCCUUUUAAAGGAUAAUUUUCCCGAAAAGAAAAUUCUGCCAUCUUUUUUUUUUUUUCAGCCUCAUGUCGUUGCAAACCUGUGAAACUUACUUUCUACUGUGGAACAUA